CAGCAGGUUAAAGGUUAACCAGCAGCUCGGAGCUUCAUGCUGUCCACAGGAGCAUGAAGUGAGCCUGGACACUCCUCUGUGCUGUUGCUGCUUAGUUGACGAAACUGUAACAAUGACAACCUGAGCUUGUUGUGUAUGAAAACCCUUUAAAACUACCAGACUGAGUUAAAGGAACCGCUGAAUGAAGGAGCGAUCACAGGAUGGCAGGAGUGUUCGACAUUGACUUGGAGACUGAGGACAUCAGUGACACAGAGGACGAUGUCUGUGACUUCACUGUGACAGAACCUGAAAAUGUUCAGACCGAGGAGGUGGAGUUGACCAGUGAAAGUGUCAACAGAGACAGUGAAAGAGUUGGACCUGACUGCUUUGAGCUCCUAACUGUGUUGGGAAAAGGAGCCUAUGGAAAGGUUUUUCAGGUGAGGAAGGUUCAAGGUGCCCAGACUGGGAAAAUAUUUGCCAUGAAGGUCCUGAAAAAGGCUAAGAUAGUGUGUAAUGCUAAAGACACAGCCCACACACGAGCAGAGCGGGAGAUCCUGGAGACGGUGAGACACCCAUUCAUCGUGGAUCUGCUCUACGCCUUCCAGACUGGAGGAAAACUCUACCUCAUACUGGAGUGUCUAAGCGGAGGAGAGUUGUUCAUGCAGCUGGAGAAGGAAGGCAUCUUCAUGGAGGACACUGCCUGUUUUUAUCUAGGAGAGAUCACACUGGCCCUCGGUCACCUCCACUCUAACGGGAUUAUUUAUCGAGACCUGAAACCUGAAAACAUCAUGCUCAGUCAUCGAGGACACAUCAAACUGACUGACUUUGGACUCUGUAAGGAAUCAAUUCACGAUGGAACUGUCACACACACCUUCUGUGGCACCAUAGAGUACAUGGCUCCAGAGAUCCUGACCAGGUCAGGUCACAACAGAGCAGUCGACUGGUGGAGCCUCGGCGCCCUGAUGUACGAUAUGAUGACUGGAUCGCCUCCGUUCACAGCUGAAAACAGAAAGAAGACCAUUGAUAAGAUCUUGAAGUGUAAACUCAAUCUACCCCCCUACCUGACGAUCGAUGCUAGGGACCUCAUCAAAAAGCUGCUGAAGAAGAAUCCAGCCCAAAGACUUGGCUCCAGUAAAGCAGACUGUGCUGAUAUCCAGAAACAUCCAUUCUUCAAGCACAUUAACUGGGACGACCUGCUGAACAAGAGAGUGGAGCCACCGUAUAAGCCACAGCUGCAGUCGGACGAGGACGUGAGUCAGUUUGACACCAGAUUUACCAGACAGACGCCGGUUGACAGUCCAGACGAUACCUCACUCAGCCACAGUGCAGAGCUCGCCUUUGCUGGUUUCACCUACGUGGCUCCAUCGGUCCUCGAGAGUCUUAAAGAAGGUUUCUCAUUUGAGCCCCGAACACGAACUGUACGCCGACACAACAGCAGCCCACGCACACCCAUCAGUCCUCUAAAAUUUUGCUCCGCUGGACCCUUCAAGUCCAGCAUUGACGGAGAGCCGGACCUGUUCUCCCCCACCUCUCCACCAGCAGCUCCGUUCCCAGUGCCACUGGAAAAUGGAACUGCCAGUCAGCCGAUCAAGACCCCUUCGAGGAACAAGAAGCAGAAGGGACAUCGGAGAUGAAGGGGAAAUCUUGGUCACAGUAACAUUUUCUAUAGCAUACAGUAAGUGUUGAGACAGAGAGGGUGAAGGGUUUUUUGCUAGAAUCAUACUUUUUGAAAUGGUUUAAGUUAGAGAAGUCGAAACCACCAGCUUGAAGCUGUCAGUCUGUUUUUUCUUUCAUAUCUUACAUCACAACGUAGAAAUGGAAAAUAGAUACAGCUGCUGCCGGCUACUGUCCAGCACUUUUUGUUCAUUAUUGUGACUCUCCAGGAGCUCACUGGAUUAAAGCAGAAUUUUUACACAUUUGCAGAAGAACCUGAGUUUACAGCUUUAAUUUACAGCUUCACACACGUGAACCAAUCAGCCACAAUAUUAAAACCACCUGACAAAUAUUGUGUCAGUCUCCCCCUUUUGAAUGACCGAAGCCUGGAGUGCAUAGACCUCUGGAUGUUCCAUCAGGCAUCAUGUCAUCAGCAGCAGAUCCUUUAAAUUCUGGAUGUUGCGACGUAGAGCCUUUAUGAUUAAUCUUGGUUUACCAGAACAUCAAACACCUCAGCUCUUUGUCAUGUUCCUCACACCAUCCCUGAACAGUGUCUGCAGUGUGACAGGAAGCAUCAUGCAGCUGAAAGAGGCCAUUGGACGAUAUCGCUGCUAUGAAGGGGUGGAUGUGGUCGGAAGGAACGUUUAAAUGUGAAAAUAAUGUCCACAUUAAGUCAGGACUCAAGGUUUAGCAGCAGAACAUCGUCAAGAGCAUCACACUGGCUCGCCUUCUCGUCGUUCUGCUGCAAUGUUUUUUCAAAGUAAAUGAAAACAGAAAACACGAUUAAUCAUACCAGCCUACCUUCUUCUAUUUCUCCAUGGUCCAGUUCUUAGGAGUUUUCAGUGCUGGACAGGAGUCAGCAUAGAUAGGUGCUCUGACAGCUUUCUAUUUUUCAGCAGUUUGUACUAUAGUUUGAAACCACCAGCCGUUAGCCUUCUCUCCCCACACACAUCAGUGAUCUUUCGGCGUCCAUGUCUCUGUCUCCGGUUCCCCGAUUGUCUAGUGUUGGAUGCUUUUGGUAACUGCCGCAGAACUCCUGCUGUUUUGGUGACACUUUGAGCCAGUCGUCCAUCAUCAGUUUGUUAAAGUCUCUUAGAUCUUCAUGCUGCACAUUUUCCCUGCUUCCGACAUCAACUUCAAGAACUAACUGUUCACCUGUUGCCUGAAAAAUCCCACCCAAAUGAUGAAUGUUAAUCACUUCACCUUUCAGUGGUUUAAUGUUAUGGCUGAUUGGGUUAUAUCUGCACUUUUAGUUCUGUCACACUGUCGUGCUAGACAUGAGAAACAACCCAACCCAUAUUUCCUCCAGAAAGCUCUAGAAUAAGGUCAACAGCACCAUUUAUUUCUCUCCAGUAUCCUACCUAAAUGUACUAUGAGCAGUGAAGGUCAGGUAAAUGAUGGAUUGAAUUGUAACAGUGUUUCAUCUUGUAUAUACAUGCUAGUAUAAUUAGGGAAAGGGAAGCUGUGAUGUAAAGUUUUGGAGAUUUAAUUAGUUCAUCAAGCUUUUAAUUAGUUCAUCAGAGUUUGUGCUAAAGAGUUCCUGUCACAGACUGAUGUUUUAAUUAGAGAACUGGAUUGAAGUCCUGAUUCAUUUUCAUUAGGGUUGACACACAGUUUUGAACAUCAAAGUAGGACGUUUAGGUCAUAUGUUGAGGUUAUAUCCUGUACAUAUCUACUGAAUGAAAUGCUGCAUCGCACAUAAGAUAAUCAUGAAUGUCAGAUUAUUUUUAUUUCUGAAAAUUGUGACAUUCGUCAUUGUUUCUCUGAACUUUCUUAACAGAGAAUUCUCAUGUCUGCUGCCAAAGGUGUUCACACAUGCUAUCCUUAGAUUGUACAGAUGGACCAAUCACAGUUUACAAUACUGUGAUGAAUUAUUUGGAUCAGUAAGCUGGUUCUAAUCAUCUGUCAUCAAAUUAGCUGCUGUUUAGUAAUCAAAAUAUUACAGUGUUUCCAUAAACACAUGUGCAAUCAGUACAGUCUAUACUCGAAACAGUCUGUUAAAAGUGGUGCUUUCAAAAACAAAAAUCUUGUAUAAAAAAAUUAAAGUAAAGAAUAUUUUUGGUUACAGAACAAAACUUAUUUUUACACAUGAAACCUCGGACAAAUAGUGUUAAUAAAAAACAUAAAAAUGCUUGGUUGUCACUGCCUGACGCACCUGUAAGGUGUAAAAUCACUGCAGGAAAUCUGAGUCACACACUAAUUCAGCGCUUGGAUGCAUCUCAGAGGGCUACUAUAAUGUUCAUUUGGUGCCAGAAUUCUUUCGCUGUUUGAUUUGUUUUUUUUGGAAAACAAAUGAUAAAUUAAGAUAAUUAUACCAAAUGCUAACCCACAUCUCUCUGACUGGUAUAAUUACAGCAGAAAACAGCUUGUCUUCUGGCACUAAAACCACGUGCAGCUGUUCAAGGGACAAAAUCUUCUUCAGCAGGGAUUAGAUAAACAUUAAACAGAAAUUGUGUCAACUAUACAGCUUUAAAUCACUUCUUCCACUACAGUGACACAUUAACAAUUGUAGGUGGAAACACACCACAGAUUUGAAAUACUUGCCGGAUGAAGCUAACUUGUGUAAAUCAUCCAUUUGCUUUCAUGCUCAUCAUGUUGCCUGUCGCUCAUGGUUUGCUGGGGAGUAAAGAAUGUGUUGUAUCGGUGUAAACUAUCCUUUACAUUGUGUGCAGUUCUAAAGUACUCAGUCAUUCAGAAUUUAAAUGGCAGUCACAUGAAUAAAUGCAGAUAAAACAUGUAAUAGAACCAUGAAAUUGUGAAAUCAGCCAACAAAGUUUUGACUAAGUACGGUUCUAGACACGACAAUGCCAGUCAGUCCACUUUCUGCACUGACAUUCAUGCUGUUCAGAGGAGAAACCUCGUCCACUGUCUCAAAAUUCUGAACAGACAUUUGUUGUUUUCAUGGGAUGAAUCCUGCUGACUGAUUUCUUCUCUGGUGCCACCAUGAAGUUCACAUUUGAGUUUUUUUGCAGUGAAAUAUCUCAACUGUUGGUGGAGGGAUUGUCAGGAGGUUGUAGUAAAAACAUGCAUGGCACUCUAUAGAUGAAUUGGUCAGUCUUUAAUGACUCCAUUCGUUCUUGUAGAGCCAUAUCAGGUCAGACUUUUAAUUUAUGACCACAUGAGGGGUGAUCAAAAAGUUCAGAGUUGAUUUAUGUCUGGCUGCCAUCCCUGUUGAUGUCGUCUUCUUGUGCCACUGCUUCCAGUGCUCCUGCAACUUUUGAAACACUCCCUUGUAAGUCCUGUCAUGUAAACAUUUCAAGCACCAUUUGUGACUCUUCAGACACUUCAGGAUGUUACAGAAGUGUCAGAAAUGUGGCCUGACAGUCGACCCCUGGGGGACAAAUUCACAGUGCACAACCAUGAAGAACACAAAAUAUGUUCCUGGUGCUCCUUCUCCAGUUUUGGAGACUAUGGCUUUUCCACUGUGAAAACUUCAGUUUGGUCUCUGGAUGGUAACUGCAGACCCUCCUCUGGUCACCAUGAUGAUCUUCCAUGUGAAGGCUGAAUCAUCCAGCUGCUGACUGACACAGAAUGUGAUGCUUGUUCUCUGGGAAACUUUGAGCUCCAUGGUGAAAUCACUAAUGUGCAGCUGCCAGUGGUCACAGAAACAUCUGUAACAGGUCCUGUCUUGUUGUCUGUUGACUUGUGACAGUUACUGUUCACACAAACGAAACAGUAUCAGAAAUGUUUGAUCACCCCUCGUAUCCCUGUAAACCUAAAACAAUUCCCAUCAUCCUUAGCAAGACUGCUAAUGAGCAGCUUUCAGGGAAAUAUUCCCUAUUAGCAUUUAGCUCAAAGCUGCUAAUUUAUCUAAUUUCUGGUCUUUUUAAGGAGGCCGUAUUUAGUUAUGUGGGUUCCUCUUUUCCUGCAAUGUGUCUUCUACAAACUUACAAAGCCCAAAGUCCACACCAAAAGUUCUUCUUUCUUACACAAAAUUCUCCUUCUUACUUUCCUGACACGCCUCGUUUUAAAUCAAGAUUUUUGUUCUAUCUAUAUCACCUUGUGACUGAUUUGCAUAACUCCUGACUAGCAGAUAAUUUAGCACAAACUGAAGCAAAGAAUGUUCAGCUGCCUCCCAUUCUAACAUACUUUCCUCACUAGAGCUGCUCCUUCAAUACCUACAUCUGUGUACUUAGAGAUCUGUGGAUACUAACCAACAUUACCUGGUUUCUAUCUGACCAAUCAAAGCACACUGAACUUUUCUGGUCCUUACAGAGACAGGACUUAAAAUUUCAGACAGAAAAUAAGAGAGAGAGCAAGACGCUGCAGGAAUAUACAGUUGUAGAAAAAUAAUGUGUUUUUGAACAGAAGGGCAUGUGAACAUAUUCUAGUUGACCCUAAAAAAAACCUAAAAAUACAGUUUUGAAGCUGUAAAUGAGGCUAACAUGGGCUUGUUAAAGCUCACCUCAGUGUUCAUGGGCAGUCAGCCUGAAAUUAGUGCUGUGGAAUAAAAAGAUUUUGACACAAAAACUGCCAAAAUUCAGUGAAAAUGAGCACAAUUCACAAUUUCAUGGUUAUAUAAUGUAAUUUAUUCAUAUGAUUAGAUUUUUUGGAUCUCCAAACAAACGAGUCACCUGCUUUAUUUAUGUUUUUUUUGUUUGUUUUGUUUUUUUAAAUAAAGGAAGAUACCUGUUGUCCUGCUCCUGUUUGCAGGUCAGUCCAGCUCACAGCAGCUAGAAACAGGUCCAACACAGAAAGUCUUCCUACUUUCCUCCACCAGCAUUCUGUCAUUUACACAUUCUGUAUAUCCUGGAUGCACAAACAGCCUGUGUGUCCACUGUUGCUGGUAACUCUUUACAUUGUAAUGCCACUGUAAGAGUACAGUGGUGAAGUUUGAACUGUGGAACAUCAUGAAUUGUAAACUCACUAACUCGUGAAAUAUGUAGUUGGACAGCAGAAACGAGGUUCUGUUGUGUAUAUUUAUUUACAUGAUUACUACUAAUUAUAGAGUGAUGUAUAUAUAUAAGAUUGCCGUGAAAAGGAUUCUCCAUUUGAAUUCAGAAAAAUAGGAUUGCGUUGCUUAUUUUUGUGAUCAUUGCUUUUUUUUGUCAUGUAUUUCUUCUUCUGAUGAAUGUGUUAAGAAUAAAAAGGAGUUAAUUGCUGA